CAGAUCAUGUUUUGCACUUUGAACACUCAUAAAGUUGAUAUGGACAAGCUCUUAGAUGCACAAAUUGGCCUUGAAGAUUUCAUAUUUGCCCACGUAAAAGGACAACGAAAAGAAAUAGAAAUUCUUAAAACCGAUGAUGUGCUUGGGCUUACCAUUACAGACAAUGGAACCGGCUGUGCGUUUAUAAAGCGAAUCAAAGAAGGUAGCCUUACAGACCAAACCAAAAUGAUCUGCGUGGGUGAUCACAUACAGGCUAUAAAUGGAAAAAACGUGUCAGAUUGUCGGCAUUAUGAAGUUGCCAAAAUGCUAAAAGAUCUGGAGAAAGGUCAGAUGUUUAAGCUGGAGUUGGUAGAGCCUAUGAAAGCGUUUGAAAACCUGGAACCAAGGCCCAAAGGUGGAACUCUGCCAGAUGUUAAUAUCUCCAGAGGGAGGGGAACACUUCGGCUGAGAACCAAAGGCCCUGCUACUGUGGAGGAAAUGCCAAGUGAAGUUGAAAAAAAAGCAAUUGAAAAAGUGGAUGAGCUUCUUGAAACAUACAUGGGGAUAAGAGAUACUGAAUUAGCUGCAACAAUGGUGGAAACUGGAAGAGACAAGAAAAACCCAGAUGAAUUUGCAGUGGCAUUGGAUGAAAUUCUUGGAGACUUUGCGUUUCCAGAUGAGUUUGUCUUUGAUGUAUGGGGAGCAAUAGGUGAUGCUAAGCAAGGACGACUGGAAUGA